AUGCAUUCAUCAUCAUCAUCAUCAACAUCAUCAUCACGAUUCCUAUUGCAUUUAGAAUCAGCCCCUUUGGUUCAUAACAGCAGUGCUGAUGGAUUCCUUAUCAUGGGAUUUUCAGACUCCCCUGAGCUACGAGGGCCACUCUUUUUGAUUUUUCUGCUCAUCUACCUGGUGACUUUGUUGGGAAAUCUAAUAAUAAUAACUUUAAUCUCCACUAACGCUCACUUACAAAAGCCCAUGUAUUUUUUCCUCUGUAACUUAUCAUGUUUAGACAUCUCAUAUAGUUCCGUCACUGCCCCAUAUUUGCUGCACAUUUUCAGCACAGGCGAUAAUAACAUCUCCUUUACGAUGUGCAUGGUCCAACUUUACUUCUUCAGCUCUUUAGCAACCAUGGAAUACAUGCUGCUCACCACUAUGGCAUAUGACCGGUACAUGGCCAUCUGUAAACCCUUAUUUUAUCCCCAGGUUAUGAACCAAAGGACAUGCAUAUUAUUGGCUGCUGCUGCUUGGAUAGGUGGGUUUGUAUCUGCAACUCCAGUAACCAUCCUCAUUUCUACUCUCAAUUACUGCUCAUCGAACAUCAUCAAUCAUUUCUUCUGUGACCUCACUCCCUUGCUGAAGUUAUCCUGUGACGAUACGUCUACUAUUGAGUUAAUAAUAUUUAUUGAAGGUUUCUUUCUCCUGUUUGGUUGUUCUGUCCUUACCAUGAUGUCCUACCUAUUCAUAAUAUCUGCAAUUCUCAAAAUAACCUCCACUCAGGGAAGAUACAAAACUUUCUCCACAUGUGGAUCCCACCUCACUUCAGUUACAGUCUUCUAUGUCUUGAUGAUUUCUGUUUACCUAAGACCAGCUUCUGUAUAUUCAUUGGCUGAAAGCAAGUUUAUUUCUGUUCUCUAUAUGAAUGUCAUACCCAUGCUAAACCCCAUUAUAUACAGCUUGAGGAAUAAAGAUGUGAUAAAGGCCUUAAAAGCAAUUAGUGGAAAUGCACAGCAGAUGAAUUAUUAA